AUGACAAAAGAAUCAGAGGGGAAAGAUCCCCUCCUCUAUUACUACUGCAUCAAAUUUGCUCUCUCUGGCUAUUCCACUCUGUUUUCGAUAAUCGGCUUGGUGGUCCUGUGCAUUGGCAUCUAUGCAGAAGUGGAAAGACAGAAACACAGAACCUUGGAAGGGAUCUUCCUAGCUCCAGCUGUGGUUCUCCUUCUGCUGGGCAUCACAAUGUUUGCUGUUUCCUUUAUUGGAAUGGUUGGGUCCCUCAGAGACAACAGGACACUGCUGAAGACGUUUUUCUGGGUUCUUCUGGUGAUCUUCAUCACUGAGGUGCUGUUGAUAUUCAUUGAAAUAAUCUUCGAAAACAAGAUGAAUGCAGUUUUCCAUUCCAACAUCCAAGAGGGGAUUAGGCAUUAUUAUGAUGACCUGGAUUUCAAGAAUAUUUUGGAUUUUGUACAAGAAAAGUUCUCUUGUUGUGGAGGUGAUGAAUAUAAAGACUGGAACGUCAAUCAGUACCAUUCAUGCAACGGCAGUGGUCCUCUGGCUUGCGGGGUUCCAUACACUUGCUGUAUCAAGAAGGUCCCUGGAGAAGUCAUCAACACUCUGUGUGGAUACAAGACCCUUGAAAAAGAGCGACUGCAACUGGUUGAUGUUAUCCAUGUGCGAGGCUGUAUCCAUGCAGUUGGCCUGUGGUUUAAAGACAACUUUGAAGUCACUUUUGGGAUAGUUUGUUCCUUGCUGCUUCCACAGGUACUUGGCCUGGUUAUGGCCUGGUUAUAUUGGCGAAAGCUUGACGACAUAUACUGCAGACUGGACACUGUUGAUUUCAAGGCACUUGAGGUGAUAGACUUCAAAGCAGUGGACUUCACAGGUGCUGGCUGGUGCUUGUGUUUUCCCAGAGAAGGAGGCUACAUUCCCGUCAAUGUUACAGACGAUGACGAUGAUGAAGAGGUUAUCGGUCAAAGUAAAGUGUGA